AUGUCAAAUUCAGAAAACUGUCCAAACUGUGAUAAUAUCUAUGGCAAUGAACCACGUAAAAUUCCAUGUGGUCAUAUUGUCUGUCAUAAAUGUUGUCUGGAUUUAUUUAAUAAAGAAAAUAAUACUUUGAUUUGUCCUGUAUGUGGUGAUACACAUACAUUUAAAUCAAAAAAUACAUUUAAAAAAACUUUACAACAAGUAGCUCAUUCUGGUUUUGGAAAAAAGACAGCAACACGUGAAAUUAGUUUUGCAUCAACAAUGCCAGUGGAGAAAGCAUCUGGCGCAGAAAAAUCAGCGAAUAAAGAAGUAAAAAAAGCAGUUGCAAAUUUACCAACAGCUCCACCAGGUGCUCCACCAGAAACUUCACCAAUACCUCCUCCACUACCACCAUCACAACUGGAACCCUUUGUCGUUGUUACUAAAUCACCACUUCCAAUGCCACUGAUGCCAACUAAACCUACAGUAAUGGAUGGUGUACCAAAAGUCAUAAAACAACAACAACAACAACAACAACAAUCAACAUCGAAUAAUACAACUUUACCUUCUUUACUCAAUACAAUAGUUUCAGCACCAUCACCAUCACCAUCAUCAUCUGUUUCUGAAGCUGUUAUCGCUCGUUGUCAUAGUUGUGGUAAUAAAUGUCAAGUAAUUGUUUGUGAACAUUGUGAUCAUUUUGUAUGUCUUAAAUGUGCUGAAGAACAUCGAACAACCACUAAAGUUGAUGCUCAAGAAUUAAUAAAUAAAUGGCAUGAAUGUAAAAAUAAAUAUAAUAUGUUACUUCAAAAAUUAAACCAAUAUAAUCAUGAUAGAAUUCAAAUUGAAAGUGAUCUUGCUGCUAUAAGAGUUGCUGUUGAACAACGUUCACGAGAUGCUAUUCAAUAUGUUGUUGAUCAACGUGAUUCUUUAAUUAGUCGUAUUAAUGAACAUAUGGAAAAAGAACAAACAAUUAAUAAUAUUAAGCAUAAUGAUCUUGUUAAUGAAUUUCGUCAAAUACAAAAUCGAUUUGAAAGUGCUCUUAAUGGAGAAGAUAUUGGUUCAUAUACUCAAGGUGAUUUUUUACGUGAUAUUCAUGAACUUCAAAAUCGAAUGAAUAAACGUAAUAAUUUAAUGGAAAAACAUAUUUUUCAAAUUCCAACAAUUAGUCGAUAUGAACGAAUAUCAAUUGAAAAAUUACUUGGUGAACUUCAUUUUAAUUCUCAUAUGAUGACUGGCAUUCCUAAUCAAAAUAUAUCAUCAUUGUUAAACAAUCAACCUUGGUCAAAACAAAAUGGUUUAUUAGAUUAUCCUGCAAAACCUUCAACAACAAUCAUGCCUAAUACAUUAACAAGAAUCUCUUCGCCAACAACAACAACAACAACAACAACAACCUCUAGUAUAUCACCAAAUAAUCAUGCUACAACAACAACAACAACCACAACAAAUGACAUAACUAAUAUUAAACCAUUAAUGGCAGGUACAUAUCAAAAUGGUACAAUCGAUGUGUUUGAUGAAUUUCGUCGUAUGGCAGCUCAAAUUCAUCAACAAUUUAAUGCACCUUAUAGUAAAGUAAUUAAUGCUGCAUCAUCGAUUCCAUUUCCAAUAUCGGAUGGAAUUCAAAAUAUUGAUGGAACUGAUAAAAAUUCUAAAAGAUUUUUACCAAAAACAAAAAAUCAAAAUCCUUCAACAGGUACAUUUAGUAUGCAAUGGAAAACCGAACAUACAGCAGUACCUAAUUUUUUAUGUAUGACACCAUAUCCAACACCAAAAAUUUUCAUUCUUGAUAAAUAUGGUAAAGUAUCUGUAUGUAGUAUUCCACCAAAACCACCAAAACCAUUUGAAUCAUAUUCAUUAUUUCCAAAUGGUACUGACGAAUUGAUUGAAUCUGCUGUUGUUUCAUCACGUUUUCUUAUUGUUUAUUCUCGAAAAAAACAAGAUACCAUGACUGGUACAAUGUAUUUUUUUAAUCAUGAAUGUAAAUCCGUUUUACAAAGUGGUAUUCAUCAAAGCAUUCCAGUACAUCAUAUAUUAUGUGAUCAAAAUGCAAAUCGUCUUUAUUGUCUUGAUCGUAUGCGUUGUACAAUCUACUAUCAUACAUUACCAAAUAAUUCGAAUGAAAUUGAAACAUGUAUGAAAACGCGUCGUGAUUUUAUACAAUUUAAUUCGAAUUAUGCAGCUUUUAAAAUGUUACAAAAUGAUGAUAUUUUAGGAUUUUAUGAACGAAAUGAAUGUACUGUUCAUUUAUAUGACAAAAAGAAAACAGAAAAAAUUGAUGAAUUUAAAUGUGAACACUUCACAGAUAAAUUUGAAAGUUGGGGAAUUAUUGCUAUUCGAAAAGAUAAUCAUAGUCUUAUAUUCAAAGUCGAUGAACGUGAUGAUCAUGAUGCGGCAAACCGGCAACAUAUUGUUUAUGAAGUUAAUCGUUCAACAAAACAAAUCAUAAGCCAUAUUCAACUUAAUUCAGUAUUUGGUAUGAUAAUUGGACCAAAUAAUGAAGUUAUAUUAGGUAUUCGUCAAACAAAAGACAGUGGUGUUAUUCAAUGUUAUAUUAGAAAGUAA